AUGGGCUCCGCAAUGCUGCAGCACCUCCCCUCAGCAUGGCACGUCGACCAAGCCAUUAUCACCGAAGAACGCCGCAUAGUGUGUCUCCGCUUCGGCAACGACGCAGACCCCGCAUGCAUGGACAUGGACGAGAAACUGUACAAGAUUAUGGAGAAAGUCAAGGACUGGGUAGUCAUUUACCUCGUGGACAACAAGCAAGUCCCCGACUUCAACGUCAUGUACGAAAUCUACGACCCGUGUACUGUCAUGUUCUUCUGGCGCAACAAGCAUAUCCAAGUCGACUUUGGAACGGGGAAUAAUAACAAGAUUAAUUUCCCGAUCAGCGACAAGCAGGGGCUGAUUGAUAUACUCGAGAUGGUGUAUCGCGGGGCGAGCAAGGGCAAGGGUUUGGUUGUUAGUCCGAAAGAUUAUUCUACAAGGUGGGCUUAUUAG